AAAGAUGACCAUGCCACUUGAGUCAACCUUUUUCAUCCUUUCUCUCUCCUCCCUCCUUCCUUUCUUCCAUUGUUUCUUUCCAAUUUCAUCAUCUUCACAGAACAACAAAUCGGAUCCCUACUCUCUCCCCCCACUGAUAUCAUAAUCCAAACCCUAUUCUUCUUCUUCUUCCAUCUCUAGAACCUUCACUCAUCUAUCAUGGACCAUGAUCUGCUUAACUGUUGCUGCUUCACCUUACACAUCUUCUGAGACUUUUCAGAUUUAGCUCCAAGUGCUUUAAGACAUUUCAGGUACUUGGUAUCCAAUGGCUGGGAACUGGGAUGAUGGAAGUAUGGAUCUUAGUAGCCACUCUGAUGAUGGUUAUCAUUAUGAGCGAACCCGCAUAGAACCUAUAUACGAUGCAUUUAUAUGCCCUUUAACAAAACAAGUUAUGCGUGAUCCUGUUUCAUUAGAAAAUGGACAAACUUUCGAGAGAUCAGCAAUUGAAAAGUGGUUUAAGGAACGUAGAGAGAACGGAAGAAGGAUGGUGUGCCCAUUGACACUAAUAGAAUUAAAAAGCACAGAUCUAAACCCUAGCAUUGCUUUGCGGCAUACAAUCGAAGAAUGGGAUGCCAGAAAUGUGGCUACUCAACUUGAUAUGGCUCGUAAAUCAUUAUCUUCAGGCAAUGAUGAGAAUGAUACUUUGCUGUCUUUGAGAAUUGUUCAGCAACUUUGCCUAAAGAGUCAGUCAAAUAAAGCUGUCAUUCGACAAGCAGAUUUAAUACCAUUGAUUGCUGCCGUCUUAAAGAGUAGCAGCCGCAGAGUUCGAUGCAGAGCUCUGGAAACCCUUCGGAUUGUAGCUGAAGAUGAUCCAGAAAACAAGGAUAUAAUUGCUGAAGGGGAUACAAUUAGAACUAUAGUCAAGUUCUUGCCUCAUGAGCGAUCGAAAGAGAGGGAAGAAGCUGUCUCCUUACUGUAUGAACUAUCGAACACAGAAACUUUAUGUGAAAAGAUUGGUGCAGUCCAAGGAGCGAUUCUCAUAUUAGUUGGAAUGAGCAGUAGUAACUCUGAAAAUCUGUUAACUGUAGAGAAAGCUGAAAAGACUAUGGUGAAUCUGGCAAAGUGCGAGAGUAAUGUCAGACAAAUGGCAGAAAAUGGUAGAUUGCAACCUCUUCUGACGCUUCUUCUCGAAGGUCCACCAGAAACCAAGCUAUCCAUGGCAGCAUACCUAGGUGAGCUAGUUCUCAACAAUGACGUAAAAGUGAUAGUAGCGAGAACCGUGGGUUCAUCACUAAUAAACAUAAUGAGAAGCAACAACAUGCAAUCAAGAGAAGCCGCACUAAAAGCCCUAAACCAGAUCUCCUCUUACGAAGCCAGUGCCAAAGUUCUAAUAACUGCAGGAAUUCUUCCUCCUCUCAUAAAAGACCUUUUCACAGUUGGAGCAAAUCAGCUUCCCAUGAGACUAAAAGAAGUCUCAGCAACUAUUCUCGCCAAUUUAGUCAGCUCAGAUUACGACUUCGCUUCAGUAGCAGUUGGAACCGGUCACAACACAUUAGUAUCAGAAGACAUAGUUCAUAAACUGCUCUACCUUAUAAACAACACUGGCCCCGCGAUAGAAUGCAAACUCUUCCAAGUCCUCGUCGGUUUAACGAGCUCACAAACGACUGUUUUAAGCGUUGUUGCAGCUGUUAAAAGCUCAGGCGCUACUUCAAGUUUGGUUCAGUUCAUCGAGGUCCCACAAAGAGAUUUACGCGCAGCUGCGAUAAAACUGCUUCAGAAUCUCUCGCCACACAUGGGUCAGGAAUUAACCGAGGCUUUAUUAACCGCCACAGGUCUGCUGGGGACUCUGGUCAGAAUCAUUAUGGAUAAUAAUGCAGGAAUAACUGAAGAACAGGCGUCGGCGGUUAGUUUAUUAGCUGAGCUUCCAGAAAGGGACACGGGUCUGACGCGUCAGAUGCUGUCCGAGGAUGCUUUUGAGAUGUUUAACGUCAGACUGUUCAGGAUUCGUCAGGGCGAGACUAGCCGUUUUGUCACUUUGUUCCAAGAAGGACUGGUUCGAGUCCUUUCGCGUGUGACUUACGUUUUGCCAACUGAACCCCGAGCGGUUACUUUCUGUGUUGAGAAUAAUCUCGCUUCGGUUUUCAUCGAUCUCCUUCAGGCGAACGGGCUCGACAAGGUCCAGCUGGUUUCCGCUACUGCGUUGGAGAAUCUAUCGCAGGUAUCGAAGAAUCUAUCGAAAGUGCCCGAUCUUCCGAAACCCGGGUUCUGCGUUACUUUAUUUCCGUGUAUGGGGAAAGAACCUGGGAUUACUGGAUUGUGCAAGAUUCAUCAUGGGAUUUGUUCACUUAAGGAAAGCUUUUGUUUACUAGAAGGGCAGGCGGUUGAUAGAUUGGUGGCGCUCUUGGAUCAUACGAACGAAAAGGUGGUGGAGGCUUCGUUGGCUGCAUUAUGUACAUUGUUAGAAGACGGAGUUAAUAUUGAGGAAGGGGUUAUGGUUUUGCUUGAAGCUGAUGGGAUUAAGCCUGUAUUGGACAUACUUCUCGAGAAACGAACUGAUAAUCUUCGGAGAAGAUCGGUUUGGGCGGUUGAGAGAAUGUUGCGGACUGAUGAAAUAGCGAUGGAAGUUGCGGGGAAUCCAAAUGUGGGUACUGCUCUUGUUGAUGCGUUUCAGCAUGCUGAUUAUCGUACACGACAAAUUGCUGAACGGGCUUUGAAGCAUAUCGAUAAGAUGCCGAGCUUUUCUGGGAUAUUUUCGAGCUUGGCGUGAAACCAUGCUUUGAAGCUUGAGAUUGUUGCGGGUAAAGGUGAAAUUAUAUAUUAUAGUUUGUUUCAUAUCUUCUUCUUCUUUUUUGAAUAAUAUUAUAUAUUUUGUGUAGAGCAUAUUGCAUGCAUCUGAAAUUCAUUGUUAUGGGAUGUUUGUGUGCUUUUUUUUUCCAUCAUCAGCUUGUUCAUUCAUUUAUUGUAUACAUUUUGUG